UAUGGAGCUACACUUUGGAAUGGCAAAUAUUUACCUCAAGAUUCCACUCAUUUGGGAUAAUAACACCGUAUCUUGAUUUGAACUGGAUUCGGAAAAGUAAGAGAGAAGCUGUUCCAUUGCAGGAGCCCAGGGCAGCAAAUCAGGAUGAAGACUUAGUAAACAGAUCAUCUGGAAGCGCCCCAGGAGUAGAUUCGGGGGAGGGGGAGGAAGUACUUUCUCAAUAGACUUUUACAGUCAUGUUUCAUUUACUACAAAAACAGGGAAUCCGCAUGAUCCAUCAGAAAUAUCUGUGGGCUAUAGAAAGAAGCUCGUUGCUGGAGCCCAACAUGAAGGCUGGAUUGUUUCUUGUCUUAUUUGAACUGUGGGCUGACACGUGCUUAUCAAAUGGAACAGCUGGUUUUUCUGGGGUGAAGACAGAGCGGAGUUUCAUUCCAAACUGCUGGUCUUUCAAUGACACUGAUAAACAAUAUCUACAUAACACUAUGCAAGAUCCUUCUGGAGAAGAGUGUGUGCCAGGAGCCUCCAUGCGCAACUUCACUGAAAAGAACACCAAUUUUGGAUUCAAUCUCUAUAGGAAAAUAGCACUGAAGCAUGACAACAAUGUGUUCUUCUCUCCAUUGUCACUGUCCUUUUCAUUGGCAGCCUUCUUGCUGGCUUCCAAAGGGGAAACGCACAACCAAAUAGUACAGGCUCUAAACCUCCAUCUUCUGGACAGCAAAGAGAACCAGAUUCCAUAUUUGUUCCAACAGCUUAGGGUCAACCUCACCAAGAACAAAGAGUUCAGUCUUUUGCAGGACAGCUUCUCUUUCAUCCAGAAAGACUUCCGGAUCAAGGACAUCUUCCGCAACUUGUCCAAGCAAUACAUUGACAUGGAGUUCCUGACGGUUGACUUCCACAACUCUACUCUUGCCAAAAACAUCAUCAAUCAGCAUGUUAAACGAAAGACUAGAGGGAAAAUCCCGAUGUUGUUUGAUACAGUUGAUCAGCAUGCUAAAAUCAUCCUGGUGAACUGCAUUCUUUUUAAAGGCAAAUGGCUACAUCCAUUUUCGACCAAGUUCACAGAACUGGAAACCUUCUAUAUAGACAAUUACAGGACUGUCCAAGUGCCGAUGAUGUUCAAGACAGAGAGGGUUGCCUCCGUGUUUGAUAAGAACUUGCGCUGUGUUGUGCUAAAGCUUCCAUACAAAGGGAAUGUGCACAUGCUGAUUAUCAUGCCUGAAAAGGAGGGUGAUUAUAUGUCCGUUGAAGACCAUUUAACAAGUGAGCUGAUGGAGUCUUGGCUUAGGACCAUGAAGAUCAGGAAAAUGGACAUUUACUUUCCAAAGUUCAAACUAGACCAGAAAUACUACAUGGAUCUAUUGCUUCAAGAUCUGGGAAUUAAAGAUCUUUUCUCCUACAAAGCAGACCUGAGCCACCUCACAGAUGAGAUAUAUGUAAAAGUAUCACAGGUUCUCCAAAGAGCUGCUAUCGAAGUGGAUGAGAGAGGAACCGAAGUGGCAGCUGUCAGUGGAUCAGAAAUCAUAGCAUACUCGAUGCCACCAAUCAUCCGGGUGAAUCGGCCAUUCCUUUUCGUUAUCUAUGAAGAGAGCAUAAAUGCUUUGCUCUUUGUUGGCAGAGUCAUCAAUCCUACAGAGCUGUGAAUAAAAAUCAAGAGUUUCUGUC